CUCUUUCUCUUUCUCUGUCUCUGUCUCUCUAUCAUUGGCCGCUUCAACAGGCUUCCUGUAAGCCCCAGACACAGGCUGUGGUUACAAGUGGAAAAUGUCACUGGGCACUUAAGAGAAGAGAGCGGGGUGAGAAUGAAGAGACAGAGGGAUCCAUUUGAGUGACGGAGAGAGAGAGAGAGAGAGAAAGGGCAGGGGAGUUGCUCAAGAGAGUGACAUAGUGGGGUGCGAGUAGAAAGAAAGGGGGACAGAUAGAGACAGAAGAAAAGGAAAUCUUCUACAUUUGUCAGUCCAGAAGGAGGAGACGACAAUGUUUUUCUCUCAGGGGCCCCCUGCUACCUUUACUGACCAAGAUUAAUGAGCUAUAUUUUAGUCAUAGCCAUGGAGAUGCUGUGGCCCUUAUACGUCCUGUCGGUUCUGUUUUCGGGCCAUGCAGCCCACUCUCACAAAGGGUCGCAAGGACUCUCCUGCUUAAAUGACUUUGUCAACAAUGUCAGCUGUACGUGGAACAGCACUCCAGCAGCUCUUGGAGGGGAAUGUUGGAUCCAUGGUGUGAAGAAAAUCUGGAUCUUUGAGAACAAUAUAAGAUAUUCCAGACUAAUUAUCCGAAGCUGCAAGCUGGAACAACACAGAAUGUCUCCUCCAGGCUGCAGUAUUGUCUUUGAAAAUGAAUAAAAAUGAAUCCUCCAGGUGUCCCCAAUGUCAGCAGCAAUGCAAAUGAGACCUGGAUAUCAUGGAGUCCAGGCACUCCUCUCUCUGACUUAAUCACAGCCUUUGACUUCCAAGUUCAGAUCAAACUAAAAAAACAGACAUGGAAGGAGGCCAGUACUUUGUCUACACAAGAACAGCGGGUAAGUAUACCUGCUUGGCAGCUAAAGGGACACUGCCAGGUUAGGGUGAGAGUCAAGCCCAGUAACAAGCAUGAGAGCCACUGGAGCAACUGGAGUCCGACAAUAUCCUGGAUGGGACAAACAGAUGUGGCAUCAACAUCACAGGAUCAAGAUUGGCUUUUGGCUCAGAAACCACUGUUAGUGAUGUUGAGCGUGGGUCUCUUUGUUAUAAUGCUCGUCUUUUGCAUGAGUUGCCUGAGCAAGCAGUGUCUCAAAGUGAAGCCAGUACCAAACCCUUCCAAGUAUUUCCCCACUCUUCACUCUGUCCACGGAGGAAAUCUAAAGAAAUGGCUGAAUCCACUGUCAGCUUCUGAAUCAUUCUUCACGGCUCAGCCAUGUGACCACAUCUCCCUAGUGGAGGUGUGUGAAAGCUGGGAUGCGGUCCCCUCCACCUCUCCCUCCUCAAGCUCCACCAGCGCUCUGCUUCACUUCACGAGUUACCCCUUUGCUGGCUCAGACACUAGCGGGGUUGUCGAUAAUUCCUCCUCUUCAUCCUGCUUCUCUAACAUUGGCUACUUCAUGUCCAGCAGCUUAGCUCAAACUGACGCCAAUCCUGCCUACUUCACCUAUCAGGAUGAUUUCAACAACCUGCACAACAAACACAACUUUCACCUUUCCAUCUGCUCUUCCUUCACCUCUUCUCGUGGUUAUGAGAGCUUGCAAAGGGAGCCACAGAGCCCAGACUCUGGUUUUGGCAUCGGACAGGAAGAUGAAGAGGACAAGAAAGGUGAAAAGUGCAUGGAUGUAGAAGUGGAAGAGGUUUCAGAUGAACACAAGAGCUUACCUUUUCUUAUCCUCCCACUGCUACUUCCUUCCUGGGUGUGCACUCCUGCUCCACCCUCUCCUCAUCCUCCCGGUCUUACUCAGAUAUGCUCUGAUAGCCAAGAGGUGGAUGAUGUACCUGAGGCAGCCACUUGUGGUAGCUACCCGGCCUGGCCUGUGGCUUGUGCCAUGUGCAGGUCUUCGUCAAUGCCCGCUGAGCCCUGUAAAAGAGGCUAUCUCACCCUAAAAGAACUACAGACCACAUUCAGCAAUAAAUCCAUCUAAAAACAUGUAGUGUAUCUGGGAGAAUACCUGUGCGAUCUGUGUGUGUUCACAUCACAAGCAACCUGACAGAUUGCUUUGUAUUCUCAUCUGAUUGUGGAGCAUCUCCAACAGCAUACUGUAUAUGGAGUGUUCUUUUGCAGUUUUGACUAAGAGGAAUAAUUGCAUAUUUACAAAUUCUAUCAUGUUUAUGCUUAAGACCUGCUGGUGAAUGCAAGCCCAAUAAUCCCUACACUUUUAGCUCUGUUUUAUCUCACUAGCUCCCAAGGGAAAUAUCUGGCUCUUUAGCUGCUAAAUUCUCCACUAUGUUCACAAGCUAGUAGCUAACUUUGGACAUGUAGCAUACAAUUGGUUUAGCAAAGCUUUUUCACUGAAAACAGUUACCUGCUGCUGCUGAAAACAAGGUUGAUGAGAACAGUGAGCGUGAACUAAAACAGUAAAGUUGUGAGCCAGAAAAG